UGACAGGAAUUCUCUUUAACACUUAGCCUUAACGGUUUAAGUUCCCCUCCAGCCCCGAGCCAGGAGCAGUUCUCAAUACCGGGAGAGGCACAGAGCUAUUUCAGCCACAUGAAAAGCAUCGGAAUUGAGAUCGCAGCUCAGAGGACACCGGGCGCCCCUUCCACCUUCCAAGGAGCUUUGUAUUCUUGCAUCUGGCUGCCUGGGACUUCCCUUAGGCAGUAAACAAAUACAUAAAGCAGGGAUAAGACUGCAUGAAUAUGUCGAAACAGCCAGUUUCCAAUGUUAGAGCCAUCCAGGCAAAUAUCAAUAUUCCAAUGGGAGCCUUUCGGCCAGGAGCAGGUCAACCCCCCAGAAGAAAAGAAUGUACUCCUGAAGUGGAGGAGGGUGUUCCUCCCACCUCGGAUGAGGAGAAGAAGCCAAUUCCAGGAGCGAAGAAACUUCCAGGACCUGCAGUCAAUCUAUCGGAAAUCCAGAAUAUUAAAAGUGAACUAAAAUAUGUCCCCAAAGCUGAACAGUAGUAGGAAGAAAAAAGUGGUAAAAGAACUCAGUGAUAUCAAAGAAUUGAAGAGGAACAAAAUAAAUAUCAAAGUGGUAAUGAUGCAUCAAUUACAAGAAAAAGAAAUGAUUAGCAAAGGUAAAACCUAAGAAUAAUUCUACAAUGAUGCUAAUGAGCACCGAGAAAGUCGCAAUUGAAAGCCUUGGAACUGAUGAAGCUCUAAAAAGAAAUUCUCCUUCUGAAGUUUCAAGAAUCCCUUCUGUCUGUGUUGGACAUUGCAGCAUGGCCACAUGUGUGGCAGUCAGACUUCAUGAUUGUAUACUAAACUAAGGUUUGAGAAAAAUGCAAAAUUUUAGUAAUUCUUGAUAGCUCACUUAGUAGGUUUUGGUUGUGUAUAGACGUGAGAAUCUAUGGAAUUAAUCCCCAUUCAUCAUUAGGAACUGAAGAAAGCACUUGUGUUUUUGUAUCAAGAAGUCUUUUGAGGUCAACCAGUGGGCCUUGGACCAUACUUUGAGAAACACUGCUGUAGGGCAGUAAAUGAGAAUGAGUUGGAAUGAUCUGCAGUUCCUUUGUACCCAUACACAGCCUCAUAAUCUCAAGUUAGUCUCUAUCUCAUACCCCACAUCAGCUAGCCAGCCCUGAUUUUGGAUUUUGUAGAUUUGAAAAGAAUCUUUAUAAUGCCCUGUUGGGGGAGGUGUGCCCUUAUCUUAGUCUGCUCGGUCCGCUAUAACAAAAUACCAUAGACUGGGUAGCUAAAACAGCAGACAUUUAUUUCUCACCAUUCUGGAGCUGAAAGUCAGAGAUGAGGAUGUCAGUAUUGUUGGGUUUUGGUGAGGGUUCUCUUCCUGGCUUGCAGAUGGCCAUAUUCUUGCUGUGUCCUUUGAUGUCUCUUCCUCUUCUUAUAAGGGUGCUAAUUCUAUCAUGGGGACCCCACAAUCAUGACCUCAUCUAAACCUAAUUACCUCUCAAAGGCCCCACCUCCUAAUAUUAUCACAUUGAGGAUUAAGGCUUCAACAUAUGAAUUUGGGGGAGGGACACAAACAUGCAGUCCAUAAGAGUCCUCUUCCUCCAGCACUCUGCCCCAUCCCUAGCAUCUUCUGUUUAUCCUGUCACAAACUUACUGAAUUGUAAUGUAUUGGUUUUCUUGUUUACAUCUUCCUUAUGAUGCUAUCGCAUAGCUCCUUUAAAGGCUGCAAUUCACAUGAUACAUAUUAGGCACACAGGGCAAGUCUGGAGGAUGUUGCCGGUGCCCUGACCACAGCAAGUCUGGGAUCACUUAGAAAUGUAGACAUUCCAAGUCCUUGUAAUCUUAGGGAGCUUACCACUUUAAAAGAAAGACUAGCUUCUCUCAAAAGGUCCAUAGUUAACAUUGUUGACCAAAAUCAGUAAUGGGCCCAGAAAUUUGACUUUAAAUAAUUGAUUGUAUUCCUCUGGGAAACUAAAAAAUUAAGGAAAAUGUCAAGUUUGUCUCAUAUUCCUCAAAAGAGGAGAAAGAUGUGUAAACCAGAAGAAAACUUAGUAUUCAAGAAUUCUUUGGCUUUAUUUUUCAAAUAACAUCCACGUCUAGAUAAGACAUAUUUACCAACCUGUCAUCCAGAGAGUUGUCAUCUCUGAUACGGGAGAACAUAAGGCGCUCAUUACUCUUAAAUGUUAAACAUGCAUCACCAUCAUUCCUACUGAUUCAAGGGCUAAUUCUGAGAGUGUUGGAAGAAGGGCAAAUUGAUAUACCCAGACAACUGAUUAAAAAGUGCAUUUAGUACAUAACAACAGACCCCCAAAACACAUGAAGCAAAAACCAACACAAAUGAAGGAAGAAACAGACAAUCUAAUGAUAAUAAUUGGGGAAUUCAAUAUCCCAUUUUCCAUAAUGUCUAGAAUAACUAGACAAAUGAUCAAGGAAAUAUAAGACAAGAACAACAUCAUAAACUAACUAGACGUAACAUAUAUAUAAUGUGUAUAUAUACAUUAUGUAUGUGUACAUAUACACAUAUACACACCAAUGUGUACAUACACACAUAUACACACUAAUGUGUACAUAUACACAUAUACACACUAAUGUGUACAUAUACACAUAUACACAUUAAUGUGUACAUAUACACAUAUACACAUAUACACAUAUACACAUAAUGUGUAUAUAUACACAUAUACACAUAAUGUGUAUAUAUACACAUAUACACAUACACAUAAUGUGUAUAUAUACACAUACACGCAUUAUGUGUAUGUGUACACAUACACGCAUUAUGUGUAUGUGUACACAUACACGCAUUAUGUGUAUGUGUACACAUACACGCAUAUAUGUGUGUAUAUAUAUUAUAUGUAUAGUGUGUGGAUAUGUAUAUAUACACACAUAUAAAACACUGCCCAACAACAGCAGAGUACAUGUGUACACAUUCUUCUCAAGUGUACAUGGAACAUUGUCCAGGACAGACCAUAUGUUAGGCCAUGAAAUAAGUCUCAAAUUUAAAAGGAUUGAAAUCAUACAAAGUAUGUUCUAUGACCAUAAUGGAAUGAAAUUAGAAAUCAAUAACAGAAGGAAGUUUGGGAAAUUCACAACUUGUGGAACUUAAACAACAUGCUUCUAAAUAACCAAUGAGUCAAAGGAGAAAUCACAAGGUACAUUUAAAAAUAUUAAUACUUUGAGGCGAAUGAAAACAAAAAUACAGCAUACCCAAAUUUAUAAGAUGCAAUGAAAGCAGUACUUAGAGGAAAGUUUACAGUUAUAAAUGACUAUAUUAAAAAAGAUCUCAAAUCCCAUAACCAACCAAUCAAACCAAUAUUAGCACCUAUUCCAUAUUUGGGAAACAUGCACUUUAUCAUCUUAUAGUAAACUUAUGAUUAAAUUGAUGCAUGAAUGGAAAUAUCAUUCCUUUCAAAUGGUAAGGAAUAAUAAAUGUAAUAAAUCUAUUUGUAUAAACACUAUAACAAUGUAACAGAGACUGGGAAAUAAAAAAUGAUUGCCCAGUAGAUCACCAUUUUAGCAAAAUACUGACUUUGGUAUUUCCCCUUCUAGUCUUUUCCUCUGGGUUUACUUCUGGGAUGCAAUACAACCAAGUUGCUAACAAUAUGUUGAUCUGGGGUUGUGAAGACUUGGUCUCAUUUCCUUCUACGUUUGCAACUUUGCGCUCUAUGCCUCUAUUUUCUUGUUUGAUAAAAGCAGAAAAUGGCACCUCUCUCAAUCAGUAGUUGUGAAGGGUUAGGGAGAUGUAUUUUUAAAAGUAUCUCCAGGCGCAGUACCUGGGAUGGGUAAUUACUCAGUAAAUAGGAACUGGUUCUUAUAUAUUUUUCUUAUAUAGCAUCAUUUGUAGCACUUGUAUAGUUUUGUAUCUUGCUUUUUCCACUUUACAUUUUAUCACAAGAUUAGUUUUCAUAUUGCUUUGCAGCCUUCAGAAUUAGGAUGAUUUAUUUCUCAUAGUCUUUGACUUAUCAUGAUUUCAUAACCUUUUCCUUUUGCCAGAAGACAGAGGACUGAUUUAUUGUUUCACAUAGAACUAGACUUAAACACACUUCUCCAAAUGUCUUCUCUGUGGUUUGUGGAAAUUUUUUGUCCUCAUUUUUGAAAUGUUCCCUGCUUUGACCCAAUUACAGAGCUCUAUUCACUUUCUCUGAAGGAAAUGGUUUUAUGCUGAUAUUUUUCAUUCUCUAGUGAAGCCACAUUUAUUUUGAUUUGUGAUGCUCUUUUUAAAUUCUUCCUGAUCUUCACUUGGUUAGGAUAAAGACAGGUUCUGCAGUGAUUCUGAACUGUAUCAAGGUCUUGUUCAUUUGUUUUCCUGGCUGGCAAAACUCUCGUUUUAGACCCUGGUUACAGUCUGUGUGGGUGUAGAGGACUUGAGAGUGAACACAAGAAGACUUUGAGUUGAUUGUGGCAGUUGCUUUAAGAGCCUCUCAACAGUAAACACACAGAAGCUACCUGUGUAGUUUCUAUUAAAACAGAGAUUUGGAGGGUCUAGUGUGUGAAUUAUCAGGAAGAAAUUGGAAUUGGUGCGAGAGCUUUUAGGGAGUAGACUUGAGACCAGAGAAGCACAUUUGCGUCAGCCAGCUUGGUGGAAAGCAGAGGUGACUCCGAACCCAAUUCUGUUGAUCUUCCUAUACUGGCACACACAUCUCCAUGGGCCAAAAGACAGUUACACCUGGCACCUGUUCUACUCUCAAUGUAAUGGAACUCAUUACUCUAUCUCAUUUGUUCUCAAUGGGGGGAGGGUGUGGAUUUUUCCUCCCAGGGGACAUCUGGCAAUGUCUGCACACAGUUUGAAUUGUCACAACUAGGGGUGGGCUGCUACUGUCCUCUAGUGAGGAGAGGCCAGGGAUGCUAUUAAACAUCCCACAAUGCCAAGGAUGACCUCCUACAACAAAGAAUGAUCCAGCCCCAAAUGUCAGUACUGCUGAGAGUGAGUAACCCUGAUUUACCUGCUUGAAAGGUUGAUGUUAGGUCCAGCUUGCUGCGGACUUUUCUUUCCAAGCAAUCAAUGCAUUGCACGUCACAGAAAUUAAGACAGUAGUAAAAAGAGUAAAGUAAUUAAUUGCCAAUAUUUAUAAUCUCUUAACAGUAAUUAAGACUUAGGAAUGAAGCACUCUUAAAUAUGAUUCUUGUCAAUUGCCAGAUUAAACAUAUUUAUGGUAUAUGGUCUAUGUGGAAUUGCCUCAAACCCAACUAUUUUUAUAGGUUAUUUUUUCAUCUCAAAUGUAUCAGAAAGCAGAUUAUCUCAGCAGCUCAUCAAGUCUUCUAAAGUAUUAACAUUAAGCAUUAGUAGUCACCAGCAUCAAUAUCAAUGUCAUCAUUUUUAUUGUCAUCAUGAACAUUCCCAUUUAUUAUAUGCUUGUGAUAUGCCUGGUACCAUAUUUUGCACCUCACAUGCAUUAUUUCAUUCAUUCCUUGUGCUCACUGCAUGGGGUAUUACUACAAUGCUCAUUUUGUUUAUGGGAGAGUGAAGGCUAAGAGAGCUUAUGCAACUUGACCGAGGUCACCCAGAUUGUAAGUCACAGAGGUGAGGUGCAAACCAUCAUCUGUCACACUAAACAGCCAGUCCUUUUAAUCACUAUCACCCACUGCAUUCUUAAAAAAUGUUCUUUUAGCUAUAGUCUUUGCAAAUAAUAUUUCACCAUGUUGGGUCAGUGCAAAGCAAGCAAAGGCUAAAGAGACUGCAGAAACUGUCACUGUCACAAAGACGAACACUGAAACAUAACCCUGGCAUGUUGGUUGAUGUGUUCCUUUGUUUGCUCAUUUGUUUAUUCAUUCACAUAUUCAUUCUUUUAGCUAGUCAGCAUUUACUAAACACAAAAGAUGCACCAGGUGCUGAGUAUAUCAGGCAUUAGGGAUUCAAAUAUGCCAGAGCAUCUACCCUGGUUCACAGUUUAAUGGGCAAAACAUUGCAUGGAAGCACAAAUAAUUUGCUCUUUUUAAGGAUUUUGACAAAAAGGAAGAGUUAAUACCCAUAAACAUCAGAGAAAGUAUGAGAGAGAGAGAGAGAGAGAGAGAGAGAGAGAAAGGAGGGGAAGGGAGAGGAGGGGAAAGGAGAGGAGAGGAGACAGAAAAACACCGAUUAUGGCAGUGCUGGGGAUGACAUGGACUUUGCCCAGUGCUGACAAAACUGCAGCAGAGCAAUACCAGACCGCUGCAGAGCCCACCUGCCUUUGCUCCGCAGAUGAGCAAGGGCUUGUCAGGAGUCUGUGUCAUUCAUGGUGCAGCAGUCUCCGACCCAUGAAGCCUUUUCGCUCAUUCCCUCUCACGCUGUGUGCAGCCCACGCAGAAAACUGGGGAAGUGAAUUCCAGGCUGUCUAAUCAGGGUUGGCUGCAUCGUGACAAUGCUGCUCAUUUUAACUCCCUGCACAUGCUGUGGCAUUUGAGAAGGAGAAGGAAUCACGAGGAGCAAAUCAAGACUUGCAAAUUUAACUUGUACUCCCUUACCACUGCUCCCUGCCUGUGAACUGAUCAUUCCACACCCUCUAGUCUAGGACUUUAUGCAGAUGGCAAGGGGGUGGCUGGUUUAAUCCGAGGCAGGGUCAGUCAAUUGGCUUCUCACUGAGGGAAAUUUCUAUUAAGCAGUCGACAGAUUGGAGUCUCUUUCGUCCAGGCAGGUGGCACAAAGGUUGCUCAGAACAAUUCAUCUGGACUGCUGGAUAAACAGCCGAAAGCAAGCGUGUCCUAUUGCCAGAAAGUCAUUGGAUGCCUUCUGUAGGAAGGACAGUGGCACUUCCUUCCACCCUAGAAGAUAGUGGCACUUCCUUCCACCUGUCACCGAUGUAAUAGAAUCCUUAACAAGUAAUACAUAUUUUACUGCCUAGCUCUUACCUGAUCCCCCAAUUUUGGAUACAGAUGAUAAGAAUCAUGGCUGCAUUUUAGUUUCAGAGGCAGCAAUUAAUUCCUGAAAACUACCCCAACAGGUUUAUUAAAUUCUGAGUGUUCAAUCAUCCAUCUAUUCAGACUUUUUUCAUUGCCUGAUCAUUUUGUACAUGGGCUAGUUGGAAUUUACCUUGGCCAAAUUAACCUUCUUCUUCAUAAUGCAAAUUGACAGCAUGAAUUGGAUUUGAGUGGGAAGGAUUAAAGUGCUUGGAUAAAUUCACUCAUUUAUGAAAUGAACAUCUAUUCACUGACUGUUUCAGGCACUACUAUGUUAGAAAUAGGUGAUACAAGACAACAUCCCUCAAGGGACUCACAGUCUAGUUGGGUAAGGAUGUGAGAGGGGAUAUUAGCACAUAGUGGUUGCAGCAGGAAUGAAGAAGAAAUGAGAAGGCACGGCCUUUGAAUACAGGUGACAAAGAAAGAGUCUAGACAGGAUGUUGGAAAACAGUUAUCCCACUGAAAGAAAUGUGGAAGAGAAGUGAUUCAAGUAUAGGUUUAUACCCUGGCUUUGCUAUUCCCUUGUCUUGUGAUUUUAUAUAAUUGCUCUGCCUCAGUUUCUUCAUCUGAAAAAUGAGAAAAAUACCUAACUCCCAGAGGCAAUUCUGCUGUCCACCCUGAGGAAUAUUUAGCAAUGUUUGAAGACAUUUUUGAUUGUCACACCUCAGGGUGGGUACUCUUGGCAUUCAGGGGCUUGAGACCAGGGAUGGUACUAAACACCCUACAACACACAGGACAGUUCCCACAACAGGCACCGAUAGUUCCAGGGCUGAGAAGCACUGAAUCACAUAGUGUGUAUAUCUAAAGUUCUGCAUACCAUGGGAGCUAUUACAAACUACAAAAUGUUACCAUUAGAAUGAACUUAAUUUAAGAUCCCCUGUCUAUUAGCAGUGAGUCCCAGGAGCAAUGGAAUCAAGGUCAAUACCAGUCUAAAAUCCCAGUGUCCUAUUUUCCAGUUUUGUGUUCCUACUUUAUAGGAAAGACAAACAGUUUUCAUUUUGAGUGUUGUGUCUGUUUCAUUGGUACUGACUGCUGAGAAGGGUUGGGAAUCUGAGUUCUGCGAGAAGAAGUGGGGCGAUCAUAGCAGAGUGGGCUGUGGCUGUGUCAGGUGGCAUGGACAGGCUUUCUGCGCACAUUUGCCCACCUUACAGCAGCCACUGGACACUUGAUGUGCUGGAAAGAGUGGGACACACCCGUCCUCCACUUGCAGCUCUGGCACGUAGUAAUUCAGUGACCUUGGGCAACUUCCUGACCACUCUGAGCCACAUCUAUAAAUAGGAAUAAUAAUGUAAGUCUUGAGAAGGCACCGUAAAGAUAGUGAAUUGACUCAGAUGGUGCUCCUGGUACACAGCAGCUUCCAGGAAGUCUUCAUUCCCUUUGCUGUCCUCACAGUCUGCCCAUACCUUCUGCCCUCUGCCCCUUGCUUCCAAGGCUAGGAGUUGAUUGGUUGGUUGGUUUUUAAGUGAAAUACUGUCUGAAGAGUAGCUCUGCACAUUUCCCCAGCGAAUAUGAAGAAAGCUCACCGAAAAUUAAAAUCCAUUAAUUAUCUUAUCUGUGACUAAUAUGAGCUCAUUGAAGCACUUGCAAACAUCUGGGAGGAUCUCUUUCUCAAUCACCUGAAUCCUUUGAGCUUGAGCCAGUUCAUGAGAUGAUUUCUAACCUGCAACUGUCCUCUUUCUCCUGGAGGAGGCAUUGCAGUUCCAGUUUUCAAAACCUGCAGCAGCUCAUGUUUCCAAGGCCUUUGUCUCAAGACAGCAAAAUUACAAACAUUUCACUUUAGCAUUUUCAUUUUGUUUUGGAGACUUCAAGGAAUUUCCCUCCUCUCACCCUAAUUUUUAACUAGCAAAUGCAUCUCGUUUGUAAUUUGAUUUUUCUCUGAAGAGAAUCAGCUUAAGAAAUACUUGGAGAGUUGAGCUGCCAUUGCCCUACUCUCAAAGAAAAGUCAAACAAUGGACUUUAUACAGCAUUUUCCUGAGCAUUUUGAAUGGGCUUUAUGGCCAAAAAUAGACAUUUCACCUUUCUAGUAAUCUUUUGUGCAUAGGCUAUGUACUAUUGGAGUCUGGUCCAGAAAAUAAAAUGAGAGCUAUGUCGAUCUCAAUGUCCAGAAGUGCCCUGGGUGUCUUCUCUAUGACACCCUGUCCUGGGUUAUGCCCCUUUCACAUUUAAUUUCCAGCUAUGAUUACCUUGCAGAGGUGUUUUCUCCCUCUAUCUGACAUUAUUUAAUUUGAUAAUCAAAUUAUGUCUAUGUUGCAAUAAUAGGUAGGCAGUCACUAGUAAAUACAGGUGCCAGAGAACAUGGCAGCCUGGAGACUUUGUGAAAUGGCUGCUUAAGGGGCAUCAUACAGGCCAGGCAAUGAGGAAACAGGUUUAUUUGGAAGUUUUAUAACAUACGCAAAAUCACAUCUUUUAACUAGGGGAUAAUAGUAGCAAUAAUAUUAACAAACCCUUGCUCUUGAUUUUAAGAAUUCCGAAAUCCUUCCAUGUCCAUUCUCUCUUUCGAACUUCAUAACAGUUCUGUGAGAUAGGUAGGGCAGGCACUGACUUUGCAGUUCAAUCUCACAUGACUUCCAACUUCACAAAGGGUGGAAGAUUGUGGGUUGUAUUGUCUUCUCCCUCCAGAGAAGGUUCAUUUUAAGACUAAUUAUUAAUUAAGCCUAUUGAAGUCCAUCUGUAGAAAAUGGGUGUAAUCCCUUUCAAUCAGAAAAGUAGGAUCACCAUGUAGUCUGCAACAGGUGCCCAGGAAGGGGAUUAGUAACAAUCCAUUCCAUGGGCCAGAAUUGAACAGAUAAUGGCUCUGCUUAUACCCAGAAGGACUUUUGUCACUGACAUGGAAAGAUAUUCAAGAUUAAUCUACCCACCUCUAUCUAUAGAUAUAUUUCAAAGGAAAUGCAUUAUCUCAAUUUCUACCUCUGUUUACUAUUUUCUUGUUUAAUUUUUAAAAGUCAUACUGUAAUCUUUAUACACAUACAAACAUACCACAUACACAUACACACACACAUGCACAUACAUGCACACACAUGGUAGAGGACAGAUUUGAUUCAGGAUUUGGAAAUUGGGUUGAAAUGUCUUAAUUUCAGAAAGAUCAGGUGGCAAACAAAUGGGUCUGGGGAAAACUUCACUUCAAGAUGCCCCCAAACCAUUGCCCUAAAGGUCAACUCUUCUGGAAAGCUCUUCGUUUUCACUGACAGCUAAGAAAUGGUGUCCCAGACACCCUGCGAGGUCACAUACAAAGUUUACUGCUUAUUAUCCGUCAGGAGAGAGAGAGCCUGGGAGUCAUUCCGAGCCAAAUCCAAUCCAAUUAUGGGCCAAUUAUAGACCUGCUUUCGCUGCCAGGAGCAGGCCACCCCAGCAACCCAGCUGGUGUCAGAGCCCCUGGCUGGCAGGGAUUCCCAGCACAUAGGAAGAGGAGCUCAUGCCCCAGAUAAGACAAAACAGCUGAUAAUGCUCUAGACCAGCACAGAUGGCAAAUGCAACUGCAUUAGAAUGGUUCUUGAUCCUCAUCACCACCCCCAAUGCCAUCCCUUCAUAACAGAGUCCAGAUUCAGUUUUCUCUCCUGUGUGGCACCCUUUUUUUACUAUGUGAUCAAAUUCUGAAAUACCAAGAGGUGGUAGGCCAGACUUUGCUCCUGUACUCAGGGCCAACCUUCCAUUACUGGUUGAGUUCCUGCAGCCUAUGCUAUGGUGCGAACUGGGGUCACAGUGCCUGGAUACCCACAGCACCACUGACAACCUCACUGAACAUGUAGGAGUUAAAAUGCCAAGAAACUUGAGUUAGAAACUUGACCUAGGUAAAAAUAAAGCUAUCUCUAUUAAAAAUCAAAACAAUUUUGGCUGGCACUUCCAACCUACGGAGAUCAUUUCAGGUCCACAUUCUAGCAUCAAAUAGUGUCAUUAUUCCUCCAGGCUGGCUUUGCAUGGAUGACCUGCCAAUUUGAGAAGCCAGCUUUUUCUCAUCUUUAACUGAGACCUUGAGGACAGUGGGGACAGGGCAGCACCAAGGACAGCAUCCUGUGGGUGACUGCAAAGGAAACCCUUUUCAGAUUGGCCUAGAGCUGUGGUUCUCAAACUUUCACAUGAAUCAGAAUCAUCUAGACAGCUUGCUGAAACUGAGAUUGCCAGGCCAAAGCCCUAGGGUUUUCAAUUCAGUAGGUCUGGGAUGGGUUCCAGAGUUUGCAUUUCUGACAAGUUCUUAGGGAAUGCUGCUGCUGCUGGUGGUAGUUUGGGAUCACACUUUGAGAACCACUGACCUAGAGCCAUCAAUCAGAUUGUUUAGGUCUGGACAUUCAGAAGUCCCCCAACUAUCCCAUCACCGGCUCCACAGUUUUCAGGCUAGUCUCCAAAAGUACAGUGAGAAGCUUGGUCAGAUUUCUUUGCUGAAAUUUAUAUAUACUAAGCAUCAAUGAAGCAAUAAUCACAAAUGCUUGUAAUAGUGCUUCCAAUGGUCAGGUACUGUUGCAAGCCCUUUACCUUGUGAGAUGUCAGUGAGUUAAUACACGUAAGAGCUCCAUUUUACAGGUGAGAAAACUGAGGCACAGAGAAGUUACAUGACUUUCUGCAAGGUCACACAACUAGAUAGUGGGGAAGCCAGGAGUCAAAUCCAGGCUGUCUGAUUUUUAAUCAUUACCCCAGUCUGACUCUCAAUGUGGCAGACAGGUCCAUGGCGGUGAAAUGAGCUGGGUAAAUUAUGAGGGACAAUCCUAAUGUAAAGGAUGAGGAAUUCUACAUCAACUUACCCCCUAGUCACUUAACCUUACUGAUACAAUGUUCAUUUCUGUAGCUGUUUAGUAAGUGCUGACACUGUUACAGUUCAAGGGUUGGAAAACCAGAACCAACAGGCCAAAUCCAGCCCAUCACCUGUUUUUUUUCUUAACUUUUUGAGAUCGUUCUAGAUUUACAUGCAGUUGUAAGAAGUAAUACAGAGAGAUGCCUGGAUGAAAUGACUGGGAAUAAUGAAGUCAUUUUUCCAAUCUCUAAUGAAAGUAUUUCUAAAUAAGGCCUUGCCAAGGUUCAAAUAUAUGCUGAGACAAAAAAGCUGGGUUUGAUAAUUUUCAUUCAAGUAUACUUCUGUGGCUGUCCAGGUAGUGGAAGUAAAACACAAAAGGUUUUCCAAAUUUGAACACUUUUCAAGUCCAAGAAACGACAGGACCAAAGGAUCACAGCUACUUGGCAGACUGAUAGGCAGCUUUAUCUUAUUUUUUUUAGAGACAGGGCGUCACUCUGUUGCCCAGACUGGAGUUCAGUGGUAUGAUCAUGGCUCAUGGCAGCCUUGACCUCCUGGGCUCAAGCGAUCCUCCCACCUCAGCCUCCCAAGUAGCUGGGACCACAGGUGCACACACCACCAUACCUGGCUAUUUUUUUUUUUUAAGCAGAGAUGGGGUUUCACCAUGUUGCCCAGGCUAGUCUCAAACUCCUGAGUUCAAAAGAUCCUCCUGCUUCAGCCUCCGAAAGUGCUGGAAUGACAGGUGUGAGCCACUGCACCCAGCCUGAUAGGCAGCUUUAUAGCUUUUCUCAAAUAUCAUGACAGAAGAACUGAAGCUGGUUUCUGAACAACUCAGUUGUCCAGCCUUGGGCUUUGGGUGAGAACCAUCGUUUGUAUUCUAGUUUUCUUAGUUACAGAGUCAGGCAGCAGCAAAACGCUGGAUACAGUUAGAUCUAUGGUCCUCAGCACAUUAUGUGCACAUUAGAAUCACCUGGACUUGCUGAGUGCCACUUGCUAUCAGUUAAUUCUUAGAGGGUGGCAGGAUAGGCCUGGGAAUGGGUAUGUUUCACAGAAUCUUCAGGUGAUCCUGAUGUGUGUCUUGGUCUGAGAAGGACUGAUAAGGUGUUUCUCAGAGCGUCCUUUGAUGAACUAGACUGAAAUCUUUCUUGCUUGGGAAAGUAUUUCUUUGGUUGAAUGUUGCUGAGAUGAAAGUAUUCAACGGUGGAAAACAGCCAAGCAUUCUUGGAAAGUCAUGCAGCAUACAUGUGCAUUUAUUUAUAGGGUGAACCAGUGGUGAGCCAUGGCUUCUAUUUGGGAUAGGACAUGGGAAAGAGAUACUAAGUUCAGGACUGCCAUAUGAGUCCAAACAAUAGCCAUAUUAGGCCUAGAAGGGGCUGAGAAUACUCUAGCUCCCACUAAUAAAUGUGCUGUCUUGUCAGGGUUGUGACUCGUGUCUACCCAGCAAUAUAUAGAGUCAUAUUCUUACAGGUUAGGGGACUAUCAAUGUCACUUAGUCCAACCAAGACCCAGCCUAAUGCAGCAAUCUCUCUAUACUCACUGCUUUCCAGAUAUGUACCCUACCCUGGAGAAUCACCUGGGUUUAACUAUGAACUCAGCAAUUUUUAACCCCUAUCUAAUUCAUCUCCCUCUAAAAACUGCCAGGGCCAUUAUUCCCUUCAGAUAAUCCCACUUGCACCCUUUGGGAAUGACUCAUUAUAGGGAGAACCCAAAUAAGUGCCCAUUCCAUUGGCGUUUCUUUUAACAAAUUCAGUCUCUGCAUGUAUAAACAUAAGUGGGUUAUGUUUGUGGUAUGACAUGCUAAGGACUAAUCACUGGGUGCUGAGCAGUUGCACUGUAAACUUUGGUUCAAGGUCAGCCAGCUGUGUUGCCCACUCCCACAAAGCUGAAUCCAUAAGUUCUCAGGAUGCCACCUCUCUAGAGUCUGGCUACUUAUCUUUCUUCCCCAUUUCAUAAAUGCCCAAGCAAUAUGGUCCUACCCUGUAGCCAGGAUCCAGUUUUUGACAUGUCACACUAAACACGAACUUUUCAUGGUUUCCAUCAAUUCGCCUAUUCCUUGAUACAUAAAAUACAAGAGCUGAACUUGGGCUAAGGCAGCUGUAUUAGUUAUCUUUGGCUGUGUAACAAAUUAUUCAAAAUUUAAAAGAACAAUAAAUAUUGUCUCACAGUUUCCGUGGAUCAGGAAUUUAGCAUGGCUUAGCUGGGUGGUUCUAGCCUAGGGUCCCUCAUGAGUUUGUAGUGAGUUGUUGACUAAGAUUGAAGGAUCUACUUCCAGGAUGGCUCACUCACAUCACUGGCUAAUUGGUGAUGACUGCUAUCAGGAGGAGGCCUUGGUGCCUUCCCAUGUGGACCCACCCAUUGGGCUGCUUGAAUGCCCUCACAACAUGGCAGUCAACUCUCCCUGGAGUGAGUGAUUCAAGAAAAAACAGGGCAGAAGCAGCAAAGUCUUUUAUGGCCUAGCCUUGGAAUUCCUACUUUGUCAUUUUUGUAACAUGCUACUGAUUACACAAGCCAGCCCUAUUCUAUGUCGAAGGGGACUAUACAAGGAUAUGAAUACCAGGAGGCAAGAAUCAUUGGGAGACAUCUUGAAGGCUGCCUACCAUAGCCACCUACCCCCUUCAUUUUUUAGAUGAUAAAACCGAGGUCCAAAGAAGUGAGAUUCUCAAAGUCACAUAGCUGUGACAUUUCAGUAUUUGCUUUUCUUUCACCCCUCCUGAUCCUUACCAACCAGAAUUUCUUACAUUUAUUUAAAACACCAAAAGUUGUUUAUCUUUGGGGAGAUUAGGAAGAUUAUUUCCAAAUGUGAAGCCAGUUUCUCUGAUGCUUCUAACAGAGAAAGCCCUGACAGCACAUAAGCACAGUGCAUAGUGUGAGCACUGAGGAAAGUCUUUUCUUCAUGUCCUUGAGUCAUUAGAGGGGAGGGGCUCCAAAAGGAGGGAGAGGAAGGCAGAACCUCUACAGGGAGGCAAAUCCAGAAGUGAACUAAAAAUCCAUUGUUUGAGUGAUACAUCUUAGCUUUUGCACACUGUUCCCUCUCCUCAGCUUGCUCCCACAUGCAAUGGUUUUCCUGCUCUUUUGCUUGCUUGCUUGCUUGCUUGCUUGCUUGCUUGCUUGCUUGCUUUCUUUCUUUCUUUCUUUCUUUCUUUCUUUCUUUCUUUCUUUUCUUCUUCUUCUUCUUUUUUUUUUUUGAUGGAAUCUCACUCUAUUGACCAGGCUGGAGAGCAGUGGAACAACCUCUGCUCACUGCAACCGCCCCCUCCCGGGUUCAAGUGAGUCUCAUGCCUCAGCCUCCGGAGGAGCUGGGAUUACAGGCGUGCGUCACCACAUCCGGCUGAUUUUUUAUUUUUAGUAGAGAUGGGGUUUCACCAUGUUGGCCAGGCUGGUCUCGAACUCCUGGCCUCAGGUGAUCUGCCUGCCUUGGAUCCCAAAGUGCUGGGAUUACAGGCGUGAGCCACUGCGCCCGGCCUCUCUUUUGAUUUCUGAGGAUCAAACCCAGAACAACAAGAAAAAAGCACAGGAUAUUACGAACAAUCCAACUAACGGGAGGGAAAACUCUCCUCAGGAGUUGGAGUUCCAUUAAUCUCAGAUGAAAGUGAAUGAAUCCCAAGUAACUUCCUAGGAGAAGCACAUAAUUUUUUUCUGUGAAAACUUAUGUUUCUAAAAACACACACACACUCAGGCCAACAUACACACACAUUUUAAAGUGCACAACUCAAAACUGUGCUAAAUAUUAUCAAGUUCCUUUUCAGGAUCCUCUUUGAAAUAGUCAUCUAUGAAAUGAAACAAAAAGAAAGCAACCUCUUGUAUAUUCGCUAUCCUUUUUCAAUCCGUUCAAAAACGACAAGGCUUGUCAUGUCUGCUCAGCUUAACUAGUCAGGAAAUGACAACUUUCUCCCCGCCUGACCUAUUUUGUCUAAUGGGGCCCACUCCUCUGCCCUCUGACAAGCUACCUUCUCUCCUGAGUUCCAUUUAUAGCAGGGCUUUAUUUAUGGUUAAAUCGUUAGGAAUGGAACUGUCUCCCUCACAAGGCUUAUUUCCCCUGUUCAAUAAAUUAAGCCAGGGGAUCCGAGAGACUGCCCAUUUCUGCUUUAUUUAAGCUCAAAUUCCUCACAGCCCAGAAAAUACUGCAAAUUGCCAGAAGAGAGCUCAGUAUGAGUUCCCACUGCUUGCCCAACAGUAUGUGGUCACUUGCAAGUUGUCUUGGAUUUACUGCUCAAAGUAAUGUUUGUGUAACCUGUGGGAAUUUUCCUCAGCCCUCGAUGGAAGUUUGAGAUCUGGAACUGAAAUGCUUCAGUGAGGAGCCCCUGGGCCUUUGCUAAUGGACAAGGGACUCCCUUCUCAAUCCUCAGGCAUGAGCCAUUGGACAAGUGCUGUGAUCUUCUCAUAUGUUUGACCCCUCUUUUCACCUUGAAAUAAGGUUUGCAAACUUCAUUCAUCCACUAUGUAUUCUUGUUGCUGUCACACAGGUGACCUCGCUGAACAAUUGGAGCAUUAAUGGCCCACAGCUGUCAAAGUGACCUGUGCACUUCACUACUCAAAGCCUUUUCUCACUUGUUUUCAGUUGCCAGAGCCCUGCAAUCAGCGGAUCUUUCAAAAAAUACAAAACCAAACCCCGCAAAAUGGAUCGGGUCACUGCCCUGCUGCAUAUCCUUCAGCGGCUCCCCAUGACCCUUCGGGCCUGUGUUAACUGUCUCAGACUUGGCAGGCUUUUUUCAUCUUGCAUUUCUGCCUGUGCAGGACAUUCCUCGCUCCAAUCCUAGUGAACCUCUGCCAGCUGAUGGAGGCGCCAUGCUGAUUCUAGGCCUUUACACAUGCUCAGAAUAUUAUUUUUUGAUCUUUGUUCCCUCCCGUAUUCAUUAUCUGGCUAACUCCUACCCAUCAUUCAAGUCUCAGUUAAAUACUAUUUUAGAAAAACUUUUCCGUUGCCUCUUAAACUGGGUAAAGCAUCCAUGGCUUCCUGUGUUUGUCCCAGGAUAGCAGCACCCAUCACAAUGGAGGACUGGAUUGCCAUUGUUUAUUCUGUCUGAUUUUCCUUCUAGAUCUUAAGUUCCAUGAAGGGGGAUAACUUGUCUGACUUGUCCACUAGUGUAUCCACAGUGCCUAAUACAUUUUCUAGCAUAUAAUGUAGGCCAUAUAAAACUAGGAAUUCUGCUUUCCACUUUUAAGACCAUUUAAGCAUAUUUAAGCACAGAGCUGUGUCCAAAAGAAACAUACAUUGAUUUCUAAAAAUGGCCCCUGUAUUAGUCUGUUCUUACGCUGUUAAUAAAGACAUAUUUGAGACUGGGUAAUUUAUAAAGGAAAGAGGUUUGACUCACAGUUCAGCAUGGCUGGGAUGGCCUCAGGAAACUUUCAAUUAUGGUGGAAGGGCAAGCAAACACAUCCUUCUUCACAUGAUGCAGGAAGGAGAAGUGUCAAGCAAAAGGGGGAAAAGCCCCUUAUAAAACUAUCAGAUCUCGUGAGAACUCACUCUCACGAGAACAGCAUGAGGAUAACCAUUCCCAUGAUUAAAUUACCUCCCACCGGGUCCCUCCCACGACAUGUGGGGAUUAUGGGAACUACAAUUCAAGAUGAGAUUUGGGUGGGGACACAGCCAAACCAUAUCAGCCCCCAGAAGGAAUGUAAAUCUUCACCUAAGAAAGAUUUAUAUUGUAAACAGGUACAGCGUACACUCUUUUGGUGAUGGUUACACUAAAAGCACAGACUUCACUUCUAUGCAAUGUAUCCAUGUGACAAAACUGCAUUUGUACUCCUUAAAUUUAUACAAAUAAAAUAAAAAAGAAAAAAAGAUUUACAUUGUAAAACACAGUAAAACUACCUAAAAAUCUUCUCAUUGGCCCAAGAUUCCCUCAUCCUAGAGACGUUUUACCUCAAAUCUCUCUUCUUUCUUUCCAAGAAAUCCUAUUUUCCACUGAGUCCCCAAGCCCCUUUUCCAUGUAAUUUAGACUCAGUUCACUUUUUUCAGUUCCCUCUCUGCAUAUUUAGAUCUCCCCGACCAUCAGCACCACAAAGAGCUUGAAGCCAAGAUGACAAAGAUUGAGUCUUGUUUGGAAGAUAGAAAAGGAGGAAGGGAUGUUUUAAUUUAUAAGCUUUUUGUGGAUCUUUGUCCCUGAAUAAUAGUAAUAGUAUAUGUUGACUAUGUCAGAGGCAGUCUGCUAAAUGCUUUACCAUGUUAUCCUCCCAACCACCCUGUGAAUUUGACAAUAUUAUUUCCCUAUCCUUAGGAACACUGGGGUUCACGUUGUUGGGUAAGUUGCCCAAGGUAGCAUAAGUGGAAAGCAGGAAAGCUGGGUUUGAAGGCAGAGUGGGCUGUGAAAAUGUCUCCACAGUGGACACUCAGGGAACAUUUGUUGAUUGCAGAGACAGGGUCCCACCUUGGAACCAGCCUGGAGACUGGCAAGGCAAAGGGUGUAAAAGCAAUUUCUCUGAUGAAUUGAUUGGAAACACAUGUCAAAGCUUUAUUUCAAAGUUGCUUAAAGAGGCUUCAAAAAUCCAGUUCUAAAACUUGGAAUAGGAAAACAUGUGGUUAGAUAACACUGUGAGACGAGGUACAAGUGAUCAGUAAACUCUGUUACAAGGUGACUUUAGUGAGGCAGGUAUAUCAGAUCUCCCAGAAGGGGCUCUUAAUCUCAUUGAAGUUGAUUAGAAAAUUACUAAUAUGUUUUAUCAGCAAUACUUCCCAGAAGGGACCACUUAACACACCAGUGCACGAAGCUCUGUUCUAGCUCAGGUUUGAGAUCAUUUUCUUUCAUCAGAAACAGCUGUCUCUAAAGCAGCAUUUGUUUUUUUCCACCUCAGCACUAUUGACAAUUGGGCCAGGCAACUCUGUUACUGGGGCCGUUCUGGGCAUUCUAGGAUAGUUAGCAGCAUCCCUGGCCUCUACUCACCAAAUGCCAGUAGUACCCUCUCCUUCCUGAUUGUAAUAACCAAAAAAUGUCUUCACAUAGUGCCAAAUGCCCACCACGGGGUGGGGGGCAAAAAUCAUUCUCUCCCUCUAUUGAAAACUACUAGUUUAGAAACUUCAUUUUCAAGUGGUCCAUGGACCAAUAGCAACAGCAUCCCCUGGGUAGUUACUAGAUAUGUGUGGUCUCAGGCCUCUCCCCAGACCUCCUGAGUCAGAAUCUGCAGUUUAACAGGAUCCCCAGGGAUUCAUAUGGAUGUUAAAUACUGAGAAGCCCUCCUAGGCUGUGGUUCUCAAUCUUGUCUGCACAUCAGAGACCUGGGGAGCUUUACAAAUUA